CCUGACCCGCCGCAUCCCCAGGACCAGGUCGUGAAGGAGGACAGCGUGGAGGCGGUGGGCGCGCAGCUCAAGGUCUAUCACCAGCAGUACCAGGACAAGAGCCGCGAGUACGACCAGCUGUACGAGGAAUACACCCGCACCUCCCAGGAGCUGCAGAUGAAGCGCACGGCCAUCGAGGCCUUCAACGAGACCAUCAAGAUCUUCGAAGAGCAGGGCCAGACGCAGGAGAAGUGCAGCAAGGAGUAUCUGGAGCGCUUCCGGCGCGAGGGCAACGAGAAGGAGAUGCAGAGGAUCCUGCUGAACUCAGAGCGGCUCAAGUCGCGAAUCGCGGAAAUCCACGAGAGCCGCGCCCGGCUGGAGCAGCAGCUGCGGGCCCAGGCCGCCGACAACCGUGAAAUCGACAAGCGUAUGAACAGCCUCAAGCCCGACCUCAUGCAGCUGCGGAAAAUCCGCGACCAGUACCUCGUGUGA